CUUUAAUGGACAAGGCAGGGGUUUGACUUCGGUGCUAGGAACAAGGCGGGGUUGCACUCUUGAAGUUGCUAGAGUGAGUGAUUUGGUGGUUGCUAACUCCUGCUCCCACAAACAGGAGGAUCAUUUGGUUACAUUUGUUAGUAAAUUGGGGAGGAUGUAGAUCGAUUACUUCCUUCUGCGCAAGUGUGAUCGAAUACUCUGCAAGGACGCUAAAGUUCUCCCAAGUGAGAAUCUUACCAUUUAACACCAGCUGCUAGUGAUGGUUGUCGUGAUCGAGUGGGUAAGGCCUAGAAGAACAACAAGUCGUCCAGCAAGUAUCCGGUGGAGGAGCCUGGGUAGGGAGAAAAUUCCAAAGUUGGUAACUCAAGUGCAAGAGAUGGGUGCGUGGGAGUCAGCUGGGGAGGCCACAGACAUGUGGGCAGCUCAGAUUGCAAACUGCAUCAGGGAAGCCACCAAAGAGGUGUUGGGUGUGAGCAGUGGUUCUGGGGGGCGUCAUAAAGGUGACUGAUCACUAGUGGUUGAGUGAUGUGGUUCGAGGGAAGGUGGAAGCUACGAAGAUGGCUUAUAAGAGAUUUGUGGAUUGUAGUGAUGAGGAUGUUAGGGCGACUCUUCGAGCGGAGUAUAAGAUUGCCCACAAGGAGGCUAAGUUAGAGGUUACGAGGGCAAUAAAUGCGGUUUUAAAGCCUUUAUAAGGACAUUGAGGAGAAAGGCGGUGAUAAGAGAGCUUUCCGACUGGCUAAGGCUCGUGA